UAGGCUAUUCUUAGCCCUUUUGUUGGAAAAGCUCUUUGAAUGAGUGCACAGGAGCCCUGGAAAAUAACCAGUGAGUUCCUAGUUGUGCCAGUGCCAGCUGACACCCCAGUUUUGGGAUCUGUACCCCUUGUCUGCCUUGGGAAAGGAAAUGUGGCUAUGUGCAGGAGAGCAUCUGUGUGCCAUGGAGGGGUAGAGCACUGCUGGCAGCCCUGUGCUGAGUGGGGACCGGGCCAGGGCAUUUAUGUGGGUGCUAGCAGUUGGGGCUUGAUGGUGAGGGAGGGGCAGAGCUGCCUUCUGCUCUGCUUGGCUCCACCUCAGCUUUCAGUACAAAGGCUGGAGCAUUUCCAUAGCCAAGUGCCGGUACCUGGAAAGCUGUCAGCUGUCUGCAGGGCUCUGCAGGGCUGCCAUGGUGUGGGUUUGGGUUCUCAGUGGUCACUCUGGAAAGCUGUCAGCUGCCUGCAGGGCUCUGCAGGGCUGCCGUGGUGUGGGUUUGGGUUCUCAGUGGUCACUCUGGAAAGCUGUCAGCUGUCUGCAGGGCUCUGCAGGGCUGCCAUGGUGUGGGUUUGGGUUCUCAGUGGUCACUCUGGCUACUGCUGGAGGAGCUCAUGGUGAGCUCUGCCUUCCACCUCCCAAUAAAGGCAGAGAGUGCCUUAAUCCUUUUCCUAUUCUUCCCCUCUUCCAGCUGGCUGUUCUGGAGGACUAUGCAGAUCCCUUUGAUGCGGCACAGGUGGCAGGUAGCCAGGCAGGGCUGGAGAAGGUGAUGGAGAAUGAUGGAUAUAUGGAGCCAUAUGAAGCCCAGAAGAUGAUGGCUGAGAUCCGCCAGAAGGGCUUACGGGAGGCUCCCGCCCGGCCGCUGCACCUCUAUGACACUCCCUAUGAGCCUGUGCUGGACAUGGACAGUGACUGCUCAGCUUGCCCCAGGCCCAGGGAGUCCCGGCUGCCCGAGGAUGAUGAGCGGCCACCAGAGGAGUAUGACCAGCCCUGGGAAUGGAAGAAGGAGCGGAUCUCCAAAGCCUUUGCAGUUGAAAUCAAGGUCAUUAAAGACCUGCCAUGGCCCCCGCCGGUGGGACAGCUGGACAGCAGUGAAAGCCCCCCGGAUGGGGAGGCUGGUGCCCCCAUCCCUCCGCAGCACGGCCAGCACAGCUACGACGACGCCAAUGGUCCCUCGGAGGGGCUGGGGUACAGCCGCACCUCGCCCUGCAGGGAGGAGAAGGCCAGGGCUGUCCUCAGGCAUGGCUCCAGCAACCUCAAGAGCACAAAGACACUGACAGCUGAGCCCGGCCCCUUUGUCGGGGAAAGGAUUGACCCUGCCCUGCCCCUGGAGAGCCAGUGCUGGUACCACGGGGCCAUCAGCCGGACGGACGCGGAGACGCUUCUGAGGCUGUGCAAGGAGGCCAGUUACCUGGUGCGCAACAGCGAGACCAGCAAGAACGACUUCUCCCUCUCCCUGAAGAGCAGCCAGGGCUUCAUGCACAUGAAACUGUCACGGACACAGGAGAACAAGUACGUGCUGGGUCAGCACAGCCCGCCCUUCGACAGCGUGCCAGAGAUCAUCCAUCACUACGCCAGCCGCAAGCUGCCCAUCAAGGGGGCUGAGCACAUGUCCUUGCUGUACCCGGUGGCUAUCCGUACCCUAUAGUAAUCACCCCCACGAGCCAGGCUCAAGGCUGGCUGCACCCAAAACUGGCCCAUCCACAGGGCUGAGCGCCGCUGUGCCAAGGAUGGGCUCCAGACCGUCAGCCCAUCAGCUGCUCGCUGGGCACAGCCGGUGCUGUCGGGGAUUGCUGCAGCCGGGCCCCUCGUCCUGCUCUCCCAGGGGCUCCCGUGCACUGGUUUUGUGCUGGCAUGGCACUGGAAGGACCUCCUGUGCUAGGAGCUGAGAGGGGCUCGCCAGCUGUCCACACCUCCACACCUGCCUCCUUGCAGAGUUUGGGAUGCCAGGACUGGAGACUGGAGCUGGGACCUUGGAGAGUCCAGGGAGGGGGGCAGUGUGUGUGAGUACGGGGAUAAAUCGUCUGGUAGCAGGCUUGAGGUACCUCCAUGAGGGUGCCUAGCUCUGCCCAUGAGAGACAAAAUGGUUGUGCCCGCAGGUAAGGAGGCUGGCAGGGGUGAGCAGGACCUGCCUGGGGCCAGCAAGGCAUGCAGAGUGUGAGGCAGGCUGCCCUUACUGCACUGGUGCUCAGUACUCACUGCCAUCCUUUGCCAAACGUAAACAGUGACCGGCCUUGGCCAUGUGUGCAGCACCACUGCCUAAUAAAGCGGUGCAUGGUUGUCUCCUGCUUCAUGGGACUGGACUGUGUGCCUACAACCCACCAUGAGUGGGGGAUCAGUGUAGCAAAACAGUGGAAAGGGAAGUUUUGUUAAACAAAAGCUUUCAGGGAA